AUGGAUGUAGGGCUAAUAUUAUCAGUGUUAUGGCUACUGCCACAGGUACAGAGUGGUGUCCUUCGUGACGUCAUGGAUUACCAGGAAGAACUCUGUCGCACUUACACAUUACAAGAUCUCUUACACUUGGACUGCUCAGAUAGAGGUCUAAGCGACUUGCCCGACAAUAUUUCAAGUUAUGAUGCAAAAGUGGUGAUAUUGUCAAACAACAACUUCAUUUCAUUUCCGAGACAGCUGGAGCAAUUUUCUCAAAUUCAAACUCUAGAUAUGUCCGGAAACCGCCUGUCUACGCCACUCCCGGCUUACAUAGAAAAUUUUCAGUCAUUGGCAAUUCUGAAUUUGUCAAACAACAAUUACGACGCCUGGCGCAAGAGCGAGAGCACAGUCCACUUUAAAAGAUUGGAUCUUUCUAGAAACAAAAUAAACAGGAUAGACGAGGACGCCUUCUCCUUGACCCCAAUGUUAUCAUCCUUGGAUCUAUCUGAAAACAGGCUGAACGACCUUGCCACUACCAUGUUUGCAUCAGCUCAACAUAUGGAUACAUUAAUAUUAUCGAGAAACUAUUUUUUAACGGUACCGCAGUUCCAAUCCCAGUCGCUUCGAAGUUUGCACCUGAGUAACUGCCAGAUUGCUGUGUUAAGCGCAAACGCAGCUUCAGAAAUGACGUCACUAGUUGUACUCGACUUAUCGAUCAAUCAAAUCGAAUCUAUCCCCGAUAACUUCCAUUCGAAAACCUUACAAGAGCUGGACAUGAGUUACAAUGAGGUCUCAUCACUAUCGGACCGUACUUUCUCGUCACUACCGCAUCUUGCGGUUUUAGAUUUGAGGGGGAAUGGAUUCAAGGAAGUCUGGUCGACCUCGUACUUUGCCUCAAACCCAUUUUUGAGGGAAGUCUACGUGAAGGGAAACCGGUGGAGCUGCGAAGGGUUCGGCGUUAACUUGCUGCUCACAUAUGAAUUUUUGACAAAAGACCCCCCUAAAGUUAGUGACAAGGCGUCACUUAUAUGUUACACCCCUUCAAACGUAACACAGCUGACAUGGCAACAGGCUUACAUCAGAACUUGGCAUGCCGACGGCAGCACAGGUUCCGAGUACACAUUUAUGGCUGUAAUGAUAGGUAUUAUUAUAGGAGUAUUAAUUACCUCUUUAGUCUGCCGUGGGUUAAUGGUGUUCAAUAGACCAGAUCCACCUCGACAAACAGCUGAGACCACAGUCUUAAACGGUCCAGUAACACCGAUACAGGAUGAUCAGCAAGUCAGAGUAACUUUGAGGAACACAUCUUUUCGCGAAGACUUACCUCCUAGCUAUGAUGAAGCAUUGUUACUACCACGUUUGAAUUCAUCGUUCCACUCGCUGCCAGAUUUUGUUGAUGAAGAAGACACUUUGAGGAGAAGUCGCAGGUCUAGGUCUAUCGGUGAUCUGACGGAAACCAGGCCUCGUAUUGGAGACAGGAGACUACACGAACCAGAAAGAGAUAAAAAUAUUAAGCGUGUUCAAAAUAUAAGAGUCAGCAAACAUUGUUAG